GUCCGAGAGGGCAGUCCUGCCUGACGGCCAGCGCGUACCUGACGGCCAGCAGCAGCGCAGCCCUUGGCGUGCCUCAUCCCACGCUGCGCCGUGCCAUGGCGGGAGGCCUGGUGUCGCUGGAGGCAUGCUUGGAGCGGUGCAUCCCACCCGAGGACCUUGCUGAGGUGAAGCGGAUCCUUUAUGGCGGCGAGGCGAGAAAACUUAAUUUGCCAGCUGCUGCUCUAUCAGCAGCUCAAGAAAGAGAUUUUGAGCUACAGGGCUAUGGAUUUGAAGCUGCCCCAGAGCAACUGAGAAGGCCACGUAUUGUUCGAGUGGGACUGGUACAGAAUAAAAUUCCACUUCCCACAGACACACCAGUGGCAGUCCAGGUGGCUGCACUGCACAGACGAAUUGAGGAGAUUGUGGAAGUAGCUGCAUUAUGUGGGGUCAACAUAAUUUGUUUCCAGGAGGCUUGGACCAUGCCCUUUGCUUUUUGUACAAGAGAGAAGCUUCCUUGGACUGAAUUUGCUGAGUCAGCAGAGGAUGGGCCAACAACAAAAUUCUGUCAAGAGCUGGCAAAGAAAUACAACAUGGUUGUGGUAUCUCCAGUCCUGGAGCGAGAUGAAAUACACGGGGGAACUUUGUGGAAUGCUGCAGUGGUCAUUUCUAAUUCUGGAGCUGUCCUUGGCAAAAGUAGGAAAAAUCAUAUUCCAAGGAUUGGAGAUUUCAAUGAGUCUACUUACUAUAUGGAAGGAAAUAGAGGACACCCGGUGUUUCAGACACAGUUUGGAACAAUUGCUGUGAAUAUCUGCUAUGGGCGCCAUCACCCUCUGAACUGGCUCAUGUUUAGUAUGAAUGGAGCAGAGAUCAUCUUUAACCCUUCAGCCACUAUUGGAUCUCUCAGCGAGUCACUGUGGCCAAUUGAAGCAAGAAAUGCUGCCAUAGCUAAUCACUGUUUUACUUGUGCCAUCAACAGGGUAGGAACGGAGUACUACAAAAAUGCCUUUACUUCUGGAGAUGGUAGAGAAGCACACCAUGAGUUGGGCUAUUUUUAUGGCUCAAGUUACGUAGCUGCACCAGAUGGCAGCAGGACCCCAGGUCUCUCUCGCGUUCAGGAUGGACUUCUGGUGGUAGAGAUGGAUCUAAAUCUUUGCAGGCAAGUCAGUGACAAAUGGAAUUUUAAGGGCAUAUCUAUUUUCCCCUCAUUUGUGGCCAAGACAGAAGUAAUUCUUGCUAUGAGGGGAAGGAGGAAGUAUGAAGUCAUCAGUUAUCUGCAGAAAAACCCUUGACAGCAAGUAGGAACUAUUUAACCUGCUCUGGUAUCUGCAGUUUGUAUUCAAUGAUGCCUGAAAGGGACAUGAAGUAAAAUGUCUUUGCUAAACUCAGAGCAGCAAAAUAGUUAAAUGAAUUGGCCUCAUUACACUCUGGCACAAAAGAAGUAAUUCGUUCCUCUCAGGGCCAAUGUUGUAGACUCUGCGUUUCAGAAGAGGAUGAUAGCACUAUGUAAAAUGCUAUAUUUCAGCCUCCUAGCUUACUGUAUCACCCAAAGCAGUGACAGUGUUUUGUAUUAUUAUUGGAUAAAGUAAGAGCAGCCCAAAUAACAUCAGUGGCACAUAAGCAAAAUUCCUGCUGGCAGCAGGGUUCAUCGGUUGUCAAGGGCAUAAUAUGAAAACAUAAUUACAAAUACACUCCUUUGCCUUCAUUGACAUAACUUAAAGAGAAUAUUGUUGAUGCAUAAGAGAGGUAAGUCCACCGUUCACAUUCAACUUUCAGCUAUUCAGGAUAACCAAAACAGCCAUAAGUAAUGAGUCAGCAGACAUGACUGUAAAU